CCUGCUUCACAUUGCAGGGUGUGUCCCUGACAUGACAGUCACACAUUUGAAAUCAGGAGCCCGUUCAAACGACACCAAGUUAAGCCUGACUGAGCCGGUGGACUGGAAGCCUGGAGACGAAGUGGUUGUCUCUGGAGGAGGCCUUGGGGAUGCUCAGAAGCAAGCGGAGGUGGUCACUAUCAAAUCUGUCAACGGCACAGACCUCUACAUCACAUCCCCACUCAGGUACCCUCACGGCAUUUCUGAAGAGCAGGUGUUGGGAGAACGUCUUAAUUUGAGAGCUGUUGUGGCGUUGCUGAGCAGAAGAGUGGUCGUCCGAGGAAAUGUUACAAGCGAGAGACUUUCCCGCCAAAAGGUGUGCAAAGAAGCAGCUGCUUCGGGAGGCGAGAGAGAUAUCUCCAAAUGUCUGUACAAGGCCAGCGAAAGGAAGCUUGGAUCUCAGGACAUGGGGGCUGUGCUCACUGUGCAGGCCUACCGUGGCGAGGGGAGCCAGCUCCGUUUGGAAGGCGUGCAGUUCCGGCACGUAGGUCAAGCCUUCCGGAAAGAUCUCAGUGCGCUCACCAUUGUCGGGAAUACCAAUAUGACUGAAUCUUACAUUCGGGACUGUGCCGUCUUGGAUUCUUUCGCUAGGGGAAUGAGCCUUUCCGGGGUGUCAGAUCUUAGGGUGGAAAAUAACAUUUUAUACAACAUCAUGGGCCAUGGACUUCACGUGGGAGAGUGGCCGGAUCAAAAGAACCAAUUAAAGAGCAAUACAAUUAUUGGACUUUCUGGAACUGAUGGGCUGUCCAAUAUUGAAACCUUUUCACCCGCUGGGAUCUACAUCCAGGCUGCUGAUAAUUUGAUAGAGGGUAACAUGGUGUGUGCUGCUGGACACGGCUAUUUCUUUCACCUUUCCCCGACGGGCCUGUCACAGUUGCCGGUCCUGUCCUUCCGUAGAAAUGUGGCCCAUUCUUGUACAAGAUUUGUUCUUUCAAACUAUACAGGUAUGGACUCCUGCUAUAUCCUGAAUAUCACCCUCAAACAGCAAACAAUUAUGAGCAGCAGCAACCUGCAGCUUCAGGCAUUCCUCCUCUGGGGCUGCCGUGACUUUGGAAUCGACAUCGUGGAAAGUCCUGGAAAUACCUCCGUGGCCAACAGCUUGUUCCUCGGUCACUCAUGGGAAACGAUUUACCUGGCUCCUGUCUUGCUGUAG